AUCAGAUGUUUCAGAACCUCAGAAUUCCAGGUCUAUGGAAAUGCAGGACCUAGCGAGUCCUCACCCUCUUGUUGGAGGAGGUGAUACUCCUGGGAGCUCCAAACUGGAGAAAGCUAAUCUCAGCAGCACAUCCGUCACCACAAAUGGGACAGGAGGGGACAACAUGACUGUUUUAAACACUGCAGACUGGUUGCUGAGUUGCAACACCCCCUCUUCUGCAACAAUGUCUCUCCUUGCAGUCAAAACAGAGCCUUUGAACAGCAGUGAAACCACAACCACGACUGGAGAUGGAGCGCUUGACACUUUUACUGGGUCAGUAAUAACAAGUAGUGGCUACAGCCCCAGAUCAGCACAUCAGUACUCUCCACAGCUCUAUCCUUCCAAGCCCUAUCCACACAUUCUUUCUACACCAGCAGCUCAAACAAUGUCUGCCUAUGCGGGCCAGACUCAGUAUUCAGGAAUGCAGCAGCCGGCGGUCUACACAGCCUACUCGCAGACAGGACAGCCCUACAGCCUGCCCACGUACGAUUUGGGUGUGAUGUUGCCAGGCAUCAAGACAGAGAGUGGACUUCCACAGACUCAGUCUCCGUUACAGAGUGGGUGCCUCAGUUACAGCCCAGGGUUCUCCACCCCACAGCCGGGCCAGACACCUUAUUCUUACCAGAUGCCAGGUUCUAGUUUUGCACCAUCGUCUACUAUUUAUGCAAAUAAUUCAGUUUCCAAUUCAACGAAUUUCAGCGGUUCGCAACAGGAUUAUCCAUCCUACACAGCCUUUGGCCAAAACCAGUAUGCACAGUAUUACUCAGCAUCAACGUAUGGAGCGUACAUGACAUCAAAUAACACAGCCGACGGCACAUCUUCCUCCACCUCCACCUAUCAGCUGCAAGAAUCCCUCCCAGGACUGACUAGCCAACCAGGUACAGAUCUUCAUCCAGGAGAGUUUGAUACUGUGCAGAGCCCCUCCACACCCAUUAAAGAUCUUGACGAGAGAACAUGUAGGAGUUCUGGGUCAAAGUCCCGAGGAAGAGGCCGGAAAAACAAUCCCUCCCCACCUCCCGACAGCGACCUGGAGCGUGUGUUUGUCUGGGACUUGGACGAAACCAUCAUUGUUUUUCACUCACUGCUCACAGGUUCUUACGCCCAGAAGUAUGGCAAGGAUCCCCCCAUGGCUGUAACCCUUGGACUUCGAAUGGAGGAAAUGAUCUUUAAUCUUGCUGAUACACAUUUAUUUUUUAAUGAUUUAGAGGAGUGUGAUCAAGUUCAUAUAGAUGAUGUUUCCUCUGAUGAUAAUGGGCAGGACCUAAGUACCUACAGUUUUGCAACUGAUGGCUUCCAUGCAGCUGCAAGUAGUGCGAACCUUUGUUUGCCAACAGGUGUAAGAGGAGGGGUUGACUGGAUGAGGAAGUUGGCUUUUCGUUACAGAAGAGUAAAAGAAUUAUACAACACCUACAAGAACAAUGUGGGAGGACUCCUUGGCCCUGCCAAGAGAGAUGCGUGGCUGCAGUUAAGGGCGGAGAUUGAAGGUCUGACAGACUCCUGGCUGACAAAUGCACUUAAGUCUUUAUCAAUUAUUAGUACUAGGAGUAACUGCGUAAAUGUCUUGGUAACGACAACCCAACUGAUCCCCGCACUUGCGAAGGUUCUACUCUAUAGUUUAGGAGGUGCUUUCCCCAUUGAGAAUAUUUACAGCGCAACUAAAAUAGGAAAAGAAAGUUGCUUUGAACGAAUAAUGCAAAGGUUUGGCAGAAAAGUAGUAUAUGUUGUAAUUGGGGAUGGUGUAGAAGAAGAACAGGCAGCAAAAAAGCACAACAUGCCCUUUUGGAGGAUAUCAAGUCACUCAGACCUCUUGGCUCUACAUCAAGCACUGGAAUUAGAGUAUUUGUAA